AUGGUUCACAUAGCCGACCACAUUACCAGCCGCACCACCCGCAUAAAUGUUAUCAUUGAAACACGCCUAAAUUUUAUCGGCUGUCAUGCCUGGAGGAAACCGUGCUGGCUACAUAUCGCAAUUUCCAACAAUUGUGCUAAGCGUCCCAAGAUAUGCUUCAGUUUAUCACAGCUGGGCGACGUUCGCAUCUACAGUCUAAUAUACCGUUCUCCUGCCGUCCACGGUGGUGUUCUUACGGGUGGCAACGGACAGGUGUGGCUUACGUCGAUAACCUCAUACCUGCACAACUCCAGUUUUCUCCCCUUUGAGCAUACCGACAGUCUUGGAUCAGAUUACUCCCCACCCCCCUGCUUGGAGUACUUUGUCUGGUUGAAUCAGCAGUAA